CCCUCUCAAUGCACAGCAGUGUUCAGAGAAGCAAACAAGAUAAAAGGGGUCCUAAGGAAUGGGGCAGAAAAUAACGUGCCACCCUACACCUGGGGGGCCCUUGCCUGGGAUGUGGUGUUUCUCCUAUAGCUUGUUCUGACAGUGGGUAGUGUAGGGGAUUCAGAGAGAGGUAAUGAGGUUGAUUACAGACCUGGAGAAAACACAGAAAGGGAUUGAAAGGACUUGGACUAAGUGAAGAAAGAAGAGACAUGACGGAAAUGUGUCAAGUAAACAUUGGAGAAGGAACUUGGGUGUGCCAUCUCCUAUUACAGCGGAAAGGUGACAACCAAGGACAGUUCAGUCUGCCGAGACAACGCUUUCUACAAAGCACAAGUAGUGGAACUCACUGCCACAGAAUAUAACUGAGGGCAAAAGCUCAGCGGGGUGAGCUAAAAGGAUCAGCCAUUUAUAUGGCUAGUGAGAACAUGCACAGACACAAGAGUCAAAUCUGUAUUUUACAAGAGACAGAAACACCUGCUUAUGGGGCCGAACCCUCCACUCAGUGUCAGGGGGAGGACGGCACUUUCCUUAGGGGAAGGUUAUUCUACAACUGCUCACUUCAGGGUGUCUUGCCCCUGGGACUUGCCCCUGUUGGAGACAGGGUGCUGGAUUAGAUGAACCACAGCCCUGCUCAGCCAUGGCAAAUCCUAUGUUACCCAUGUUAGUUUACACCAGGGGGCCAGCACGAAAUAACAGGGGACAAGGAAGACUGCUGGGAAAGUUGGAUUCUUCCUUGUAUCAUACAAGUCCUCUCACAUUCCCUUCUACUAUUAAAUGUUUGUAUGAUGGUUGUGCCCCAAAACCUCAGGGGGGGACAGGGCCCCCAUUACUGAGCACUGUAUGCACAUAGAAAAGAGACAGUCUGCACCCUGAAGGUCUUAUAAUCUAGACACCAAACAUCUCCAAGUGCCUGAGAAAUGCCACAGAUAGCAGGAUGCCAGACGCUUUGGCCCACACACACACCCAGCAACACCAAAAUACAGACACCAAAAUACAGACAGGAGCAGGCUGGCAGCGCCAGAAAGAGAGGGAAUUCAUUGGUGACCAAGGACUCCAGACGGUUAUUUCUAAAGAUCCGUGUUGCUGACUGGCUCAUCCCAGAGAUAAUCUAUCCUCAGCAGGCUGAAGGCCAAAGUGACCCUAUGCCUAUAGAACUAAGGCCGCUGCAAGGACCCUGAGAACUGUUUCAUGGCUCCUAAUGACACAGCGUUUUCACAGAACUGGAUGGACACCAGGUUAUUUCACUCGGAGCCACCAGGCAGCCGUCAGAUUGGAAUGACUCCUAGUCCCUAUCAAUCCGCACUGGAUUAAAAGCAAUGGGCUAGAGGCGGCUCCGAAUCCUAUUUUCCACCCCGAGCUAGGCGGCUGGAGCGCAGGUACAAUCGUGUCGCCAGGGCUUCCCCAUGAGACAAACACCACGUGAGCAAAGCUCCCCGAGCUGGAGAGGGUUUUGGAGGGGCCAACCCUCCCCCGUUUAACCCCUUCCUGGAGUUUGCUCUCAGUUACCCCCGAAUUAAUACAACAAAACAAUACAAAGCCAACCCAGGCCGCAGGCUGUUGUCGCAACCCCCUCCCAUUGCAGCCUCACACACCCGCAUUCCAACUGGGCGGGCGGAGAGUCACCAGCCAGGCUGCCGGGCAUCUCUAUGGCAACAGAAUCAACAGCUGCAGAGCCUGGCGGUGGCUGGGAAGCGCCUUCGGUGGCUGAGCGGGGAGGAAGUGGGCGGUUUAGGACAUGGCUUUCUUCGGGUUAACAUUCCUGGGGUACCAGGAGCCCUUCUGGGAGAGAACACUUGCGUUAGAAAAGCCUGACGCAACAGGGCCAAAGCCGCUCAAAGGGGGAUUGUUUCACCCAAAGCUCCCCCCCAUCGGCCCGGGGCGCUUUGAUGGCACAGUGCACCAGGGGAGCUACACCCGCUACCAAGAGGCUGUGAAGCAGAAUCAGCUCCAGAGAUCCCCCAACCAAGUCUUCAGGGUCCCAGUGACCUGUGCACAGGACUGCGGCUGGUGGCUGCCCAGGGAUCCCAUGGUCCGAGCAGAGGAGGCCACCCCCUGGAUGACGGUGCCGAGGCAUCCCCUGAUAAGGAGCCCCAUGACCAGGUUUGUGGACAGCAUGGGCCUGAGCAACCCCCAUUUCAGCCUGUUCUGAGCACCCCAGUGGGCCCCACCGCCGGGCACGUCUGGCCUUCUACGGACACAGAGCAGCCCCGGGUGCUGGGGCCUGGCAGGCACCGGGGCA